AUGGACAUCCACUUGCAAGAAAACCAGACGGGGAUCCGGUUCAGUUGGAACUUAUGGCCACCGACGAAGAAUGAGGCAGCGAAGAUAGAGGUGCCCCUGGGCUGCCUCUACACGGUCUUGAAGAGGACGGAUGACAAUAGCGUGAAGCUGGUGGAGUACGAGCCGCUCAAGUGCAAAACGAGCAACUGCAUUCUUAACCCCUACUGCAAUAUAGAUUUUAGGAACAAGACCUGGACGUGCCCCUUCUCCAAUAUAAAGAACCCCUUCCCGCUGCACUACGCGGAGCACAUCUCGGAGAAGAACCUGCCCGCGGACGUGAUGUACUCCAACAUCGAGUACAUCCAGCCGUCGAACGUGGGGGACAUCCCGCCGCCGACCUUCCUGUUCGUGAUCGACACGUGCCUCCUGGAGGAGGAGCUGGAGCAGCUGAAGGACUCCAUCCAGCAGUGCAUAAGCCUGAUGCCACCAGACGCCCACAUCGGAAUUGUGACCUUUGGAAACAUGUGCUAUGUGCACGAAAUAGGGUUUAAGGACUGCCUCAAAUCGUAUGUGUUCAAAGGGACAAAGGAAAUCACCGCGCAAGAUUUGCAGAAGCAAUUAAAUUUGGGAACGAGGAAUGAUCCCCGGAGUUCUACCACCUCUGCAUCUGCCAGGAGGUUCCUCCAGCCAGUGAGCGAAUGCGAAUAUAACAUUAACAUGCUGUUGGAGGAUAUACAGAAGGAUAACUGGCCCACUCCUCCUGACCAGAGAGCAAAGAGGUGCACAGGGGUAGCCCUCAGUGUAGCCAUAGGUCUCCUAGAAUGCUGUUGCAACCAGUUAAGUGGAAGAGUAAUGAUGUUCAUAGGAGGAGCAGAUACAACGUCUCCUGGAAAGAUCGUAGACACUCCAUUGAGUGAGUCUCUAAGACAUCACCUAGAUUUGCAAAAAGAGAAUACCAACGCUAGGCAUGUGAAGAAGGCCUUAAAAUAUUACGCCUCUUUGGCAAACAGAGCAGUAGCUUCUGGGCAUGCGAUUGAUAUCUUCGCGUGCUCACUCGAUCAGAUAGGACUCUACGAGAUGAAGGUGUGUUGCGAAAAGACAAACGGGUUCAUGGUGAUGGCGGAUUCUUUUUCUAUGAAUGUGUUUAAGGAUUCCUUUAAAAAAAUUUUUGAAACGGAUUCGAAUGGGUACAUUAAGCAUGGGUACAAUGCAAAGCUGACCAUCAUAUGUUCUAAGGAGUUCCGCGUCUGUGGUGCCAUUGGUGCUUGUUCUAGUAACAAAAAAAUUGCAAACUAUGUGUCGGACACUUGUGUAGGUGAAGGGGGGACUUGCGAAUGGACCAUCUGUGCGUUAGACAGGCAGUCUACCAUCGCCUUUUAUUUUGAAAUUGUGAAUCAAAACAUUUCUUCCCUUCCUCCGGAUAGACAAGCGUACCUGCAGUUCCAGACCCUGUAUCAACACCCGAGUGGCAGAAGACGAUUGAGAGUUACCACCAUCUCCUACCGCUUCGCAGAAGCGAACAUUGCAGAAAUAUCCCAAGGGUUUGACCAAGAAACUGCUGCUGUCAUUAUGGCUAGAUUUGCGGUUCUAAAGGCAGAGACGGAUGAACCCAUAGAUGUGUUGAGAUGGCUAGACAGGAAACUCAUACGAUUGGUGAGCACCUUUGCAGAUUACCAGAAGGAUGACGUGAACUCCUUUCACCUAUCGCCUGAGUUUUCUAUUUACCCACAAUUUAUGUACCACUUGAGGAGGUCCCAUUUUUUGCAAACGUUUAAUGCUAGCCCGGAUGAAACUGCCUACUACCGAUCGAUCCUCCUGAGGGAAAACGCAAUGAACUCACUCAUAAUGAUACAGCCCGCGUUGCUUCAGUACUCCUUCGAGUCGCACACCCCCGUGCCGGUCCUCCUCGACGCGCAAUCGUUGAAAUCUAAUGUGAUUCUUCUGCUAGAUUCCUACUUCCACAUCGUCGUGUGGUACGGGGAAAUGAUAUACCAGUGGAGGGAGCAGGGCUUCCACGAGAAGCCAGAGUAUGAGCACUUUAGGCAGCUGCUCAACGCUCCCCAUGAAGAUGCCAAAUCCAUACUGGAGGACCGCUUCCCCAUCCCCAAGUUUGUUUUGUGUAACAGCGGCGGCAGCCAGAGCCGCUUCCUCCUCGCCAAGGUCAACCCCUCCACCACGCACAACUCGCUCAGCGGCAGCACCUUCGGCACGUCCAGCAGCGAGUCGUAUAUCAUCAACACGGACGACGUGUCGCUCAAGAUAUUCAUGGACCACCUGGUCAAGCUGGCCGUGCAGACGUAA